AUGCCCCCAGCACCCCGGAUGCCCCAGCACCCCAAGUGCCCCCAGCACCCCGGAUGCCCCAGCACCCCGGAUACUCCCAACACCCCGGAUGCCCCAGCACCCCGGAUGCCCCCAGCACCCCGGAUGCCCCAGCCCAAGGUGACCGCGCCCAGAGGAGCCGCGUGCUGCGGGGCCACAGUCCUCAGGGGCAGCGGGGAGACCAGGGUGCGCGGCCCCUUUAAACUGCCGCCCGGGGGGCGCGCGCGCGGUUUCCACGGUGACGAGGGCGGGCGCGGGUGGGGCCGGCGCAUGCGCACUGCCGCCGACGCAGCCGGUCCUGUGUCCCGCCGCCGCGGGGUCUCGGAACCGGCGCCGGACAUGGAGCCCCCGCCCUUCCCGCCGCCCCCCUGUGCGCUGCUGCUGCUGCUGCUGCUGAGCCCCGCGCUGCUGGCCCGCGCCGACCCCGACCCCGACCCCGACCCCGGGAGCACCGUGCCCGCGCAGAGCCGGCCGUGCGUGGACUGUCACGCCUUCGAGUUCAUGCAACGCGCCCUGCGGGACCUGCGCAAGACGGCGCGCAGCCUGGACGUGCGGACGGAGACCCUCCUGCUGCAGGCGGAGCGCCGGGCCCUGUGCGCCUGCUGGCCGGCGGGGAGCUGAGCCCGCACCGCUGCCCCAAUAAACGCCUCACCGCGUGUCCGC